CCAAGCGGCCAUGAAGUGAAUAAACACCAAGGAGUUUUAUUUGUCCCUAUCGGCUUUUUCGAAUUCCCCCAGCUGCCAGCCCCUGUACUUCGGUUCCCCUUCCCUGCAGCGUUCGGACACCGAGGUUGGGCGGGGCCGAGACCUCGGGCAGCCCUUGUCGUGGACGACGAAAGCCGAGGCCAAGAGCAGGGAGACGGUGACCCCAGGGACAAGGCGGCCGCUGCUCGGGGCUGGGAGCCCCGAUGGCGCCGCCUCCAGCCCCGUUCCUGGCGCUGAGAUCCGGGGAGACCCAGCCUGAUUGCAGGAAACCCGGGCCCGUGAGCUUCGCGGACGUGGCCGUGUACUUCUCCCCGGAGGAGUGGGGGAGUCUGCGGCCCGCGCAGAGGGCUCUGUACCGGGACGUGAUGCGCGAGACCUACGGCCUCCUGGGCGCGCUCGGACUCCCGGGCCCCAAACCAGCCCUCAUCUCUUGGAUGGAACAGGAGAGUGAGGCUUGGAGCCCCGCCGCACAGGAUCCUGAGGAGGGGGAGAGCCUGGGAGGAGCUCUGAGAGAUGUCCCAAACGAGAAGGAAGAACACGAAGACUGGCUAGAGGCCCAAACACCUGGACAGACUCCUAGAAAGGAGCAGCCUGAAGAUCCGGUUAAACCCAGGCCUGCCUCCACUGCCACUGUCAGGAAGUCUUCAGGGAGAACACAGCCUGGGAAAGUGGCCCGCAACCAGAGCACCAGUGCGCAGCUUCCUGUGCCCGGCGUGGACGCUCAGGCUGCCCAGCGGCGCCAUGUGUGUGCGGACUGCGGCCGCCGCUUCACCUACCCGUCGCUGCUGGUCAGCCACCGGCGCAUGCACUCGGGCGAGCGGCCCUUCCCCUGCCCCGAGUGCGGCAUGCGUUUCAAGAGGAAGUUCGCGGUAGAGGCGCACCAGUGGAUCCACCGCUCCUGCUCCGGGGGCCGGCGGGGCCGCAGGCCUGGCAUCCGGGCGGUGCCUCGGGCCCCUGUCCGUGGGGACCGGGACCCGCCUGUGCUCUUCAGGCAUUAUCCGGACAUCUUCGAGGAGUGCGGCUGAAUGGACCACAGGCUGGAGCUGAGCUUGACCUUGGCAUCCAGGACACACUGAGCCCCGAGGGUGGCUCCUGAGUCAGGGACUUGGGAACUGAAGUUCAUCCCUUGGGCAUCCCUUAAGGGUUCCUCAAGUUUCCAAACUUGUAAAAAGAAAAGUGCCUGUAAAAAUUCAAACAGAUUAAACUUGACGCCCUUCCACUCCCAAGCCUUUUGCUUAAAAAAAAAAUAAGUCAGAUGUGGCAGUGCACACCUGUGAUCUCAGCAGGGCAGGAGGCUGAGACAGGAGGACUGGGCGUUCCAG